AUGAGAAGAGCUGCAGAUAUGUGCAUUAAUGAAGGAAAAUCUGAGAGAUCAGUUGGGGAAAACCUAGGUAUAUGUCACGUUAGUUUGAACCGUUACAUAAAAAAGGUAAGAGCUACUGAGUUUGGUGGUUCUCCUCCAAAAUGUGGUUAUAGACCACACACUAGAAUAUUUGAUGUAGACCAAGAAAUAAUGUUGGCUACUUAUUUAAAAAACUGUGCUGAUAUGUAUUUCGGCUUAAGCACUAAAGAUGUCAGAAAACUAGCAUUUGAAUUUGCUAAAAAAAUGAAUUUGAAAAUGCCAGCUUACUGGACUGAGAACGAAUUUGCUGGUAUUGAUUGGUUUCUUAAUUUUAUUAAGCGUAAUCCUACCUUGUCUAUUCGUCAGCCAGAGGCAACUAGUUUAUCUAGAAGUAUGAACUUUAAUCCGAUUAACGUAAACAUUUUUAUGGACAAAUAUGAAUCAGUGAUUACUAAACAUAAAUUCGAGGCAUUUCAGAUUUUUAAUCUAGAUGAGACUGGUAUAACCACGGUACAAAAUCCAUGUAAAAUAGUAGCACAGAAAGGUAAAAAACAAAUUGGUGCCAUAACGUCUGCGGAACGUGGAACUUUGGUCACCAUGUGUUUAGCUGUUAGUGCGGUUGGAAAUGCCAUUCCACCAAUGUUAGGUUAG